CCGCCGGAAUUGCACGAUUGCAGUGUGUGAAGCGCAGGCCUUCACGCUGCGGAGUGCAGUGUCGGUUCUAUUGAGCUCGAGAGACAAAAGCAAAAAUGACUUUUGCUGACUUGGAAGGUGGAAAGGCAACGCCCGCAACGAACGGCUCGACACCGCCAGGCGACAUGGUAGUGGAAGGAGACACGAUUCGUGUUCUGAGGUCCGGCGAGCAGGUCGAAGACUGGGAGGCCAAUAAUUGCAAACCUCUCGCUCUAGCCCCGAAGCCAGCACAAGCAACCCGUGCUAGAUCACACUCCUUCACUUCUGUGGCCGAUGCUCCAGAUCCAGGUCACGUUGCGCAUGGCACUACAGAGCGUACCGAACAACAUGAAGUUUCUACACCGGAUGUGCAGACACCAUCCACCAACGGACCGAGCACGCCUGCCCAACCUGCAAAAUCAUCCGGCAGCGCAAACAAUCCCAUCGAUAUCGAAACGCUCCAGCCACCCCCACCUCAUAGGUUCGCCAAAGAGCGCGUUGAUUACUUUGUGCCAACCCGAUUAUACAGGCCUCUGAGACCAAAACCUGUACCGCUCGUGACUCCUAACGGGGCUCGCAUCCUUGGUCCCGUCGGUGGCCACCACGACCAUGGCAUAUACCAAAUGUGGGCUGCAAAGAAUAAUGUACCAGAGCCACCCGGUUGGAGCAAUGCAGUUUCCGGAGCCGCAUCUACGAAUUGGCAGGCAGGGGUACCUCGAUCUGGUGCGAUUGCAACAGGCCCGUAUGGAUACCAGUAUGCGAAUGCUUCCUCGAUGCAUUCCGCUGUCCCAGUUGCUUCAGCACAUGUUCCUACAACAUAUGGAACCGCCCAGGCCACAUACCAUCCGUAUGGCGUAUCCUAUCCAGCUCCCCAUUACGGCCCUCCAACCUUCCCCUACCCAACUGAGGAGCUGCUCCGCAAGCGCGCUGUACAAUACAUAUUAGAUAAUUCACGUCCUCGCGCGCGCAAGCGACGUCUUUCAGACGAUCCGGACGAGACGAGCAGCUCAGUAUACGAGGACGAGCCGCCAACCAGCAAACCCACCGCGAGCGCUCCUCGAACCAGCUCCAAGUCGCCAAUCACUCCGUCUGGUGCUGAUCCAGGGACUAGCGCAUCCGGACGGGAGAAUCCCUCCGACCGAUACCGCAGCCUGACGGAGCUGCUGGAGCACACGCAACUCCUCACGUCCCUCCUCCAGAGCCACCCGCACUCCACCGACCAAAAAGGACUGCGGGAGGACAUCGCGAUGUUCGCCGCUGUGUCCAACGCCCGCCUUCAGUCCUGGCUGUUCGCUGAAGACGAACUCGCGCGUCGAGGCCGCAAGCGCCGCAGGACCUCUACGGAGACUGGUGUAUCCCCCACAACCGCACGCACUGCGCGCAACAUCAACGGAGCGCAUGCGCAUGCGACGAAGAACAGCGACGCCCCUGUCCUCCUCCCGGGAGAUAUUGGGCAGAAGCAGCAAGCCGAGCAAGAAAAGCGCAGCCAGGACGAGCAAGUGCGCCAGUAUCUAUCAGCCGACUCGAGUCUCUGGGAGAAGAGUGCGGGGCUCGGCGUCGCGGAUGUACAUGCAAGCUGCUCGCCGAUGAGCUCGGAGCCUUACGCACAAGGACGUUCCGAUUGAGUAGCGCCGCCGCCGGAGAGGUUGUGCACAUAGGUAGACGGACGGUGGAUAUGUUUGGGAUUUUUUGUGGCUGAAUGUGUGCAUAUCUCGGCGCUGCUGUUCAUACGAUAGAUGUUAGAAGGGGAGUGGCGGGCAUGGUAUGCCGUGUCGGUAUUUACUGUCGAUAUGCUGUUAGAAGAG